AAGACGUCCCAGCAGAGAGGGGAGGGUGGUGACAAAGGUGCUUUCACUGUCUGCUGCCCAGGUGCUCACUGAUUGGACAAAAAGUCCUGAAUUGCAGGGGGUUGUAACUAGAUGACCCUGGCGUCCCUUCCAAGGCUGUGAUUCUGAUUCAAUGAUUUCACAACUUCCAAGGCCACUCAUGCUCUCCAGACUUGGACUGGACAGCCCUCCAAAGAGAGAAUUUUUUCAAAUGGGGGGCUGUGCCGCUGACAGCCCAUCAAACAGAGGACCAUUUUCUGCAAAGCAAGACAAGUUGCCUGCCCACCCCCAUAAAUACGAAUUCAUAAUUUUUUUCCCCUCUUUUGUAUUGGGUCUAUUACAUUGUCAGCCUGCAGGCAAAGACUUCCUUGGCUUUUAAUUAAUCUCUUUACGGUGCUUAGGGGGAAGAAAUAGCUGCUUUGUAAGCGAGUGACAACAACAAUACUAAUAGAUGCUCAUGGUCCUUUUGGGAUGUUGGUGAAAAGCUUCUUGUGAUUGACAGGAGCAUUCUGAGGCAGUUAAGAGGCAGUUAGGAGAGGCAGUUAGAGGAUGGGGAGUUAAGAUUAGGGUGAGAGAGAAAAGGACACUGGAAGAGAGUCUUCUCAGUUGAUAGUCUAUAAAUGUAUAUUGAUUGUUAUUAUUAGCAUGCCAUGGGGAUUAUUGUUUAAUAAGAUAAUGUACAGUUAAAUAAUAUCCACAAGAUUUUACCUUAAUCGGAUUUGCCUCUUUCACGUGUGAUUGCUGAACCUUUAAUUUUCCAGUGAUUUCCUAGUACCAGGGAAUACAUUCCUCUUUACCCUGUCCCUCCUUUAUUUCGUCCUUCCUCAGUUUAUCCGCUGUGCUGGGGGCACUGCUAUUCUUUCCCUCCGUAACUUUAUUUAAGCACUUGUUGGUUUUGUAUCCUGGUCCACAGACAUCCCAAAAGAAUUUUAAUCAGAGUCAUGUUGACUUGUGCGGACUUAUUUCAGCGGGGUCUUUACAGGUUGCCAAAUUCAAAAAUGGGAAGGGAGGGAUUAUCACCCAUAAAUUACUUUUAAAAAACGCUGAAAGCUACUACCUUAAAUGUACUGUAAGGUUUUGCGUUUCCUUGCCACCAUUUAAGUCAAGUGCCUAUAAUAAAUAUGUUGCUUUCUAAACGAUACAAACCCAUACUGCUUUCUAAACCUAUACAUGCGCAAACAAUCCCAAAGUCUCUGGGUUCAUCCACUCAGUUUCUAAUCCCUAUGGGCCCUUUUUCUUCCAAAACACCACAACUUCCCGCAUCCCAGGCACAUAAACACACUCUCUCUCCUCCCUUCCCUGCCUCACAAUCAUCUACGAUCUGAGGUAAAGCUGUGCCACCCGCAAUCCCAUUUCUCCCCCUUCCUGUGCCCUCAGUAGAGCUGGAAAUCAUGAGCUUUGACCUUUUUCUUUAUUUUAAUACAUUUAUAUCCAACCUUUUCUGCAAGGAACUCAAGGUGCCAUACACAUUUCCCCAUUUUAGCCUCUCUUGACAACACUGUGAGGUAGGUUAGGAUAAAGUAGGCUUUGUGGGGUUUUGAACCCAGGUCCUAGUCCGAAACUCUAACCACUACAACCACACUGACUCUUAAACCCAGUAGAAGUACAAACUGGAGAAUUGUUUGUGUCCUCCCUUGCUGAAGUCCUAUGCCCAAUAUGAGAGAGAAUUAUUUGAAGUAUUCCUUUUAAAGCCUGUACAAUCCAGAGGGAUCCAGAAACCAGAGGUAUUAGAUCUUUGAUUUUAAAUGAGAUAAACACCUCAUAAGGCUUUUUAUCGGUCUGUGAGUGCUGCAUUCAGUUAGAAAUGUUAGGCUUGGAAGUUGUUAAAACAGAUUAAGAGCAAGCAGACAGCUUCCUCAUAUAAAACUGAUAUCAUCUUCCCAAAGUGCUGGGGGUUUUUUCCCCCCUAAUAGGGCACAUGAGGCACAAUGCUAUCAAAAUCACUUAAUUCUCUUCCAAUUUCUGAGAGAGGGAAGCAUUUACUGAACUGCACCACUGAAAACAAUGGCAUUUCAAUGUGCUUCUUAACUGUGGCUGAAUGGUGCCCAUUGCAUUUUUCAGAAUAAUAACAAUUUAUUAUUUAUAUGCCACCCAUCUGACUGGGUUACCCCAACCACUCUGGGCGGCUUCCAACAAAUUAAAAUGCAAUACAACAGCAAACAUUUAAAAGGGAAAGCAUCAUAGAUGCCAGACACUGGAGAGGCCUGUCAGGAGUAAACAUGGACCACUGGUGUCAAAAAGUAUGGGGAAACAGCCUUACUAGAAAAACUAACCAAUAAACUAAAACUGACACAGGGACAAAUAGAAGAAGACAUCUUCACCCCAGUAUGGCUCCCCUUUAUCACAUGCACAACCCAACAAGACAAGAAGAAUCAGCCAACAGCAUAUGAAUCAAUAUGGCUAGCGUGACCCAAAAAUCCACACUCACACACUUAAACACACCUCACUACAGCCAGCCAAAGACAACCAACCACCGCCUUCAGCCACCCCCAACCUCUCUCCCCACCAAGGAAAUAUAACAAGCAAAUAGAAAGGGAAUCCACACAAGUAACCCUGACACAAAACCCCACACAUACACUUAGUAGAAUAAUAUUGCAUGCAACACUAAUGUCUCACAACCAAUGAAACUGAUUUGUAGAAAACACAACUUGAAAAAAGAGACCACGCACGUAUUUUUGUAAACUAAGAAAUCUUUAAUAAAAAAUAUUUUAAAAAAAACAUUUUAAAAAGAAAAGGGGCAUGUCUCUGAUGUUCAAAAGCAGUCUAGGGUACAAAGGUUUAGGUGGGAAUUUAUUUGUGUCACUGUAUUAAAAUAUACGCCCCACUGUGACGCUGUGGUCUAAACCACAGAGCCUAGGGCUUGCCGAUCAGAAGGUCGGCGGUUCGAAUCCCCGCGCCGGGGUGAGCUCCCGUUGCUCGGUCCCUGCUCCUGCCAACCUAGCAGUUCAAAAGCACGUCAAAGUGCAAAUAGAUAAAUAGAUACCGCUCCAGCGGGAAGGUAAACGGCUUUUCCGUGCACUGCUCUGGUUCACCAGAAGUGGCUUAGUCAUGCUGGCCACAUGACCCGGGAGCUGUACGCCGGCUCCCUCGGCCAGUAAAGCAAGAUGAGCGCCGCAACCCCAGAGUCGGCCACGACUGGACGUAACAGUCAGGGGUCCCCUUUACCUUUACCUUUUCUCUUCCACUCUGGAACCCCCAAGAUGGCUCAUAGUCUAAAUAAAACUACAAGUCCCAUACAGUUCCAUGUGGGAUGACUUUUGGAAGAAUAACAAUUUCAGGAUCUGUAUGAAGGCAAUAUUAGGCAGCCCAAAUGUCACUAUCUGUGAAAUCUUUCGAUUUUUCUCCAGAAAUUUCUCCAUCAGGCUAGAUCAGUCUUGUCUAACCUAUCUUCCCCCCACCCCACUGAGGUCUUGGGCCCCAACUUCCAUCAAAGCCGGUCAAGGAGUGAUCAUCCCAAAUAUCUGGAAGUCAUCAGGUUAGGGAAGGCUGGGCUCUACAGUGUCUUUCCUCCAGAGCUGGCUGUUUUGUUUACCAUCUCCUGAUGAAGAGUUCUGGAUUAGAGCAAAAAGCUUGCACACAAUUCUGUGGCAUUUCAGUUGGCCUAAUAAGGGUAUUGCCCCAGGAUAGAUUUUGGCAUUUUUCUUCUGGGCCAACACUGCAACUUUUGUUUUCCGUGUGCCUUAAAGGAAAAAUGAGGAUGAUAUAAAUUUUAGGCACUCUGGCAAAAAACAAACAAACCCCAAAGGCGCUGCUCAUUGAUGUCCCCCGUUCCUCUAUCAGCAGAGGCAGCCAAAGCAAGGCCUCUGGUGUUGGGUAGAAAUGCACAGGGUGACUCAAAUGGGAGAAGGCAAAUUGUCAAACACCCAGGUACCAAGUGUGGCGAUCACACAGGGUCCCCGGACCUUUCACCGUCUAUUGAUCCCUGUGCCACCACUUUAUUUCUCGCUGCCACCACCCAGGCCCUACCAGGUACAAUACUGAGUCCAGUCAGGGUUAAAUUGGAACAUAAAAUUCUGUUUAUUUAUUGCAGUUUAACAAGCGUGUGGUUUCAUAAACGGUAUCGGUCCAUUACAAUCAUGGGGUGCCUAUCCAGACCUAUAACUUCCGCUACCUGCUCUCACUCACUAAACCACCUCUCAGAUAUUUACUUGUCUUCCUAGCCCAUAACUGCUCCUGACUCAACUUAUUUCGCUACACUAACUCCACCUACCCACAGACUCUAUCCCAAUUCACUCCCACUCCAACCAACCUCCCAACGAACUCCCUCCCUUUGCCCCUCCCAGAGCUGGUUUUAUAGUCCCUCUGACUCCACCCCCCUGGGUUCUGAUUGGGUAACCUGUUUAACUAUUUCACCUCCAGCACUCUCGUAUGUUAACAUCACACCAAGCCAUUUAUUUUAAGGCUUGCUAGGCACACCCAGGAGUAGUGCAUUCAGGCCUGUGGGCCCAAUUUUGUGGAACUCCCAACUGAUAUCAGACAGGCCCCCUCCCUCUGGUACCUACUUGAAGACUUUUAAAGUCAUUUCAAAUUUUAUAGUUAGUUUUCAACUGGUUUAUCCCCAUUGCGUGUGUGUGUGUAAUUUUUAUUUAUUUUCCAUUUAAUAUUAUACAUUCACAUCAUCAUUAUUCACAAUACCGCUCUGGCCCUUUAGAGCCUUUCGACUUCCUUCCCUCCCGCCUCAUGGCUCUUGAAAUUGACCUUUAUAUCAUUGCAAGUUAUACGUUUCCCAGUUCUAAUUACACUCAUUACAGAAUGGCUCAAAAUUUAAAUAAAUAUAGAAAGACAGAAAAUUUCUCAUUACAAGUCUUCAAGCAACCCUGCUGGUGAUGUUAAUAGUUUACAAUCUCUCAGAUAUCGUAUAAAUUUACUCCAAUCCUUUUGGAAUACUUGAUGGUGCUGCUUUCGGAUUUUUCCUGUCAGCUUCGCCAGUUCUGCAAAGUCCAUCAUCUUCAUCUGCCACUCUUCUUUCGUUGGUUCCAUUGCAUUUGUUGAGACCACUGUAAUUAUGUGAUAUAUCAAUUUAUGAAGUGAAUAAAUAAAAGCAGUACACCUUUAAUUGAGUGCAGAAGGAGUCCAGAAGGCAGUGCAAAUCCAAUAGCAACCGGGUGAUACACAAAUAACGUUCACGCUGCAUGUUUUUCCUAACAAGCACCAAACAUUUGUCAUUUGUUUUUAGGGGACCGCAUCAGCAGUGACUUAAGUUGUACGCAAAGGCUUGGAGAAAGCACCUGUUUGUACGGGAAGGUAAGUCGAGUGUUGCAGCAUUUUUUUCUCAUGAAUAAACCAGGCCUAAUCCAGGUUUUAAAGAUUAACUGUAAUAACAAAUGGAUUAGAGGAUUACGCUAGAGAUAUGCUUCCCUAUAUACCGUAUUUUUCGUCCCAUGGGGCGCACCGGCCCAUAGGACGCACCUAGUUUUGGGGGGGAAUAAAGGGGGGGAAAUUUCCUUUAUUUCCCCCCCAAAACCAGGUCGGGGAAUCCAAACCAGGUCGGGGAACAGCCGGAAGGCGCGCUGCGCCUCCCCGCUGUCCCCCGAGCUUGUGGGCUGCAGGCUGCUGCCCGCAAGUCUUGCAAACCCGCGGGAACUCCAGCCGGGCUUGCAAGGCUUGUGCAUAGCUUCCUGAAGCCUGGAGAGCGAGAGGGGUCGGUGCGCACCGACCCCUCUCGCUCUCCAGGCUUCAGCGAAAGCCUGCAUUUGCCCCAUAGGACGCACACACAUUUCCCCUUCAUUUUUGGAGGGGGAAAAGUGCGUCCUAUAGGGCGAAAAAUACAGUACAUAGAAAUGUAAUGUCGUCAUGGUGCAAUUGGCAUGACUGCCAGUAGGUGGCCACACCAACACCAUGAUGACAGAAUAGCAGGCAGGUGAAGGAGGAAGCAGCCCAGGUGAACUGUUGUUGUUUUUAUUAUUAUUGUCUUCCUGUGCCCCAUAAAUAACCCAGAGAUGCAUUUUAAAUAAAAGGACACAAUCUACUCAUGUAAAAACACCAGGCAGGCCCCACAAAUAAGCCAGAGAUACAUUUUAAAUAAAAGGACACAUUCUACUCAUGUUAAAACACGCUGAUUCCUGGACCGUCCACAGGCCAGUUUGAGAAGGCAAUUGGGCCAGAUCUGGCCCCCAGGCCUUAGUUUGCCUACCCAUUUCCAAAUGAUUCUGUGCACUGGAGUUCAGUCCUUAAAAUAAGCUAUGCAUCUGAACAAAAUGUGAUGGCACUACUUUCAUCGCAUACUCACAAUUCAAAGGGUGUACCGCAGGAUAAGGUAAAGGUAAAGGGACCCCUGACCAUUAGGUCCAGUCGUGGCCGACUCUGGGGUUGCGGCGCUCAUCUCGCUUUACUGGCCGAGGAAGCCGGCGUACAGCUUCCGGGUCAUGUGGCCAGCAUGACUAAGCCGCUUCUGGCGAACCAGAGCAGCGCACGGAAACGCUGUUUACCGUCCCGCCAGAGCGGUACCUAUUUAUCUACUGCACUUUGACAUGUUUUUGAACUGCUAGGUUGGCAGGAGCAGGGACCAAGCAACGGGAGCUGACCCCGUGGCGGGGGUUCGAACUGCCGACCUUCUGAUUGGCAAGUCCUAGGCUCUGUGGUUUAACCCACAGUGCCACCCGCGUCCCUGUACCUCAGGAUACAUACUAAUAAUUCCAGUGGGAUUUAAGCAGCCUCUGGGCAGGAUUGCAAUUCACUUAUGUUCUUCAUAUAAUUCAUAUGACUGUAACCCUAUACAAAUAGGAUUCCUCCUUAGCCAAAAUCUUGGCAAUUCUGAUAAAUAAGAUUAUUUCAUAUGCCUAUUGAUGUCUAUUUGACAUUUUGAUUGUGUUGAUCAUAGAAUUCUUGAAUUCCAUGUUAAACUAUUCAAUUUCCCUCCAGAUUUACAAGGCAAUCAGCAGUCAAGUAACUCCUUGAUAUCACAAGCACUUUUUGCUCAGUGUUUUGAGAGUUGGGAACAGAUUUUCAAGAAAUAAUAGCAAAAUACAUGGUAAGUAACUUUGCCAACUUCUCUCACUGUUGCAAUAAAGAAAACAACUAGAUGAGCAAUCUAUUUACAGUAAAUCUAAUUGUGUCAGUAAAAUAACUAUUUCUGCAGCAGAAACAUUCUGAGUUUAAUAUUUGUACAGCUUAUCCAAAAAGACUAGUCACUGUAGUAAAAUAUUAACUAGAAGUUUCAAUCAUUGCUUCCUACUGCGUCAUCACAUUAGACAGAUACCUUCCAAAGAGCAGAGGGAAACAAACAUACACUUUUAAGUACUUUAACUCUUCUCCCGGAUCUUCUAAAGCUACUUUAGGUAAAAUAAUCUUAUUUUAUUCACGCCUGCAAAAGUUAAUUGGAAUGAUUUCCACAAGAGGCUACCGGGGCUUUGAAUCAGCAUUGCCAAUGGAGUGUGAAACUAAUCUUACUAUAGAGUAAAAUUGUAAGGCUGCUGUCACGCUACAGUUUGCACGGUCACCAGUUGGGCGACCGCGGCAACUCCGGCAUGACCACAAAACAGCAGGCAAGCAGGCAGCAGAGGCGGACAACGCAAGCUGUUUAAAGGAGGGUGGGCAGUGCUUCAGAGAGUAGUUUCCCAAGCCCCUUUAAAAGGUUUGGGGUGAGUUGGGAGGGAAUAGGCAGGGUGGGUGGGUUGUGCAGGGAGCGGGUUGGGUCAAGUGUUAUGGAAGGCUGGGUUGGCCAGAGGAGGGGAGCAGCCCCAUGUGUGAUCGGAAAACCUUGGUGGUUUACAGUGGUACCUCAGGUUACAUACACUUCAGGUUACAUACGCUUCAGGUUACAGACUCUGCUAACCCAGAAAUAGUGCUUCAGGUCAAGAACUUUGCUUCAGGAUGAGAACAGAAAUUGUGCUCUGGCGGCGUGGCAGCAGCGGGAGACCCUAUUAGCUAAAGUGGUGCUUCAGGUUAAGAACAGUUUCAGGUUAAGUACGGACCUCCGGAACGAAUUAAGUACUUAACCUGAGGUACCACUGUAUUUAUUUCGUAAAAUGGACACACCGCCUGAUUGUAAAAAGAAAAAAUCAAAACGGUUUACAAAAGAAGAUAAAGCAGUAAAAUUAUCAAUGAAAAGCAUAAACAACAAUAAUGGUGUAUGUAAUGUCGAAUUGGAUUCUAUUCUAUCAUUAUUUACUAUUAAUUAUUAAAGAAUUAAUAUUGUCUUGACACACGCAUUACUUUCAUGUAGGGAAAAAUGGGCUCCUGCGCCAUUACUAUGGAGGUAGAAAAGGGUAGUUUCAGCGGAGGUUGCUUGUAUGGCAUAGCUUCCCAGAUAUAACAGAUAUGUGAAAGAAAGGUGGUCAGAAGUGAAAGAGCAAGAGAGGUCCAACACCUUUAAUCGCUGUGUAGGAUAUCGAAGGGACGCGGGUGGCGCUGUGGGUUAAACCACAGAGCCUAGGACUUGCCGAUCAGAAGGUUGGCAGUUCAAAUCCCCGUGACGGGGUGAGCUCCCGUUCCUCGGUCCCUGCUCCUGCCAACCUAGCAGUUCAAAAGCACAUCAAAGUACUGUACAAGUAGAUAAAUAGGUACCGCUCCGGUGGGAAGGUAAACGGCGUUUCCGUGUGCUGCUCUGGUUCGCCAGAAGCGGCUUAGUCAUGCUGGUCAUAUGACCCGGAAGCUGUACGCCGGCUCCCUUGGCCAAUAAAGCGAGAUGAGCGCCGCAACCCCAGAGUCGGCCACAACUGGACCUAAGGUCAGGGGUCCCUUUACCUUUAGGAUAUCGAAAUUCAGUCUUUCCACACUUGGUAAAGGUAUAGGGGCCCCCACUUUAACAUAUCUGUUAUUCCCGGAAUGGUACCGUAAUUAAUUUUGGUUUGUACUAUGCUGUAUGGUCAGUUUGAGUUUCCUGUGAAUAUGUAUCUGGUAAAGAAUGGGAAUCCAUUGUUGUUGAAGUUCUGCGAAUGCUGGGGGAUUGCAUAGCUAUUCUUACACGUGAAGUCUUAAAUUGCCAUGUUACAAGAAUAACAGUUCAUCAGUCACUAACUGGCACUGAAAGGAAUUGCUGAAAUUAGAAUCAGAUGCUUAUAGAGGGGCAAAUAAGCCCUUCUCAUGUCCUACUGCUACUUGUUCUCUGUGAGUUCUGAUUAAAGAUUAGGAAACUAGAUUUGACUGAAAUUGAGUGUCUUGCUGCAUUGGAAUAUAUAUAUAUUUUUUAAAGACUGUCAGUGCAUUGGAAGCAGGAAAUGGGCUCCGAAGGCAGCUGGACCUUUGGAUCAUAAGGGAGUCAAAGGUGUGCCAAAGAAGGAAAAGGAAAUUGUUAUGUACUGAAGCUCUCACCCUGGGCCAGCAGGGGGAUACUGUAGAUAGUUCAGGACCACAUAUGCAAAUAAGGGAUCAAAAGUGACGUUCAGUGAUUGGAUAGUUACAGAAAAUGGUUACUGUUGCGUUCUAGUGGAGCUCUAUAUAAGCAGGCUGGCUGAGCCCUUCAGCUCAGUUCUGUUCUGGCCUGUGAAUAAACAAGAGCUGUUUGAAGAAUCGCUGUGUCGUCUGAUAUGUUCACCCACAACUUUACAGAAAUUGCAGAGAAGCUGGCAGAAUGCUUUGUAUGUCUCUUCGCUGUGCAGCCAAAUGAGGGGAUUGGUAAAAGUGAAGUUGAAAGGGAAGUCGGUAAGGCUUGGGAGUUCCUAAAAAUCACAAUAUAGUGGUACCUCGGGUUAAGAACAUAAUUCGUUCUGGAGGUCCGUUCUUAACCUGAAAAUGUUCUUAACCUGAGGUACCACUUUAGCUAAAGGGGCCUCCUGCUGCUGCUGCGCUGCCGGAGCACAAUUUCUGUUCUCAUCUUGAAGCAAAGUUCUUAACCCAAUGUACUAUUUCUGGGUUAGUGGUGUCUGUAACCUGAAGCAUCUGUAACCCGAGGUACCACUUUAGUAGAAACACAGCUGAAAAAUGUUCCUCGCAUGUCUUCAUUUGCACCAUCUCUGCUUUCUUUGGUCAAUGUUUGUUCUCAUUGGGUAUAAGUGACCAUUUCCUUGCCUCCAGUAAGCUUCCUUGAUUCUGCUCAUUAACCACGCUGGCAUCCUCUUGGUUGUUGCACUCAGGUCCUGCUUGUGAGUAGUCUCCAAGCAUUUGGUUGGUUGCUGUGAAAAGAGGAUGCUGAACUAGAUGGACCACGGGCCUGAUCCAGCAACACUUUUUUGUGUGUUAUCAUUGCGCCUCCUUAGAGCAUUCCUGAGAUCCAACAAGGGACAGUGAUAUGAAUGCAAAAAGGCAAACGUUAGAAGCCUUUGCAAAAGAGCAAACAUGAUCUCUGCAGUCUUUUAGAUCAUUCUGAAAUCUCCACAGAGAGCUGAAGGAAAUACUAUUAGUAACCCUUUAUAAUAGUGAAUUUUGUGAUACUUGGCAGUACAAAAAUAUAAUUACUUCUAGGCACUUUAAUGGUAGAUAAGUGGGAUGGGUGAGGAGAGACUUAGGAAUUUCCAUGCAUCUCAGUGUUGUUUAAUCAUUUAUUUGUUUUGUGAAGGUAAAUUGCCCUAACCUCAUGGGAAUGUUUUUUUGUUUGCUAUUAAUUUGUAGAAGUGCUCAGAUGACCUCUAGCGGCCGUGUGAUAACAUUGCGGAGAAAGAGCACAAUUCUAAAAUAUAACUUGAAUAUACAGUGGUACCUCGGGAUGCGAACAGGAUCCAUUCCGGGGCCCCGUUCGCAUCCCGAACGGAAUGCAAGACAUGACAGCGUGUCUGCGCAUGCACAAAUCGCGUUUCGUCGCUUCCGCGCAUGCCCAUGCCGUCAUUUUGAGCGUCUGCGCAUGCGCGAGCAGCAAAACCCGGAAGUAACGCGCUCCUGCCACCCUGAACAUUCCCACAGUUUGGGGGGGAGGGGGCAUCUGUUGGCAGGAUUCCUUUCCCCAAUGAGUAUGGCCAAUAUCCCUCCCUCCUCACUUCACAAUACAGCAAGCAAUGCCAAAUACUGGGACAGUAUCUACUGAAAGCUAGGAGAGGGAAGACCGAAAGGUUGUAAAAGACAGCAAAUCCAAAGGAAAGUAGGUGUUAAGAGGUAACCACUACCCUAGAUCUUAGUUUAAUUAAAUUAGAUUAUAGUUUAGCACCUAGAGGAAAGGCUGUGGGGUAUACCAUUAGAGGCUAUGAAAGGUUUAUUAACAAAGGUGUUGAAGACUGGAUUUGUCUUCUAGUACAAGCUGCACCAUGUUUUUCAAAUACAAACUGAUUUCAAAAAGUUCCCAGUGCAAAUGCAGUUAUGCUCCAUGAACGCGGGUGCCUUGUAUAUCUGACACCUUCAUUGCGGUUUCCACCCCUAUGCUGAAGUCGCACCUCUUUGCUCUUGCUUUUGGUUGAGAUAUUUUUCUAACAGUUUUGCCUGAUCUCAAAAGUGUUGUUGUCUUGUAGCUCACCCUACGUAGGUAAGACACCCAAUAAACAAAUUGUGCUUGGUUUAAUUGUAUUUGAGCUACUGAAAUUCUCCAUCAACUCAGUUAAAAUUCUUUGAUAGAAGACUGGGGGGGGGGACACAGAUGGUAAUAUUCAGCCACGUUCCAUUAGCGCAGGUUCAAUUUCUGUAAUGCGACUUCCGCAUCCUUGCCCCCCAAAAUCUGCUCCAGAGCGUUGGAGAAUGCUGCAUAGAUUUAAGGGGGAUGUAGGGGGAGGAAUGAGAAACAAAGUUUUGUUGCACGGCCAUAAGUGCUUUAGCCAAUAGAACAACUUUGGUAGAUGUACCACCAUCUUAAAUUUGAUGCUUGCCCUUUAGAAUUUACACACACACACCCUGAGCUUUUAUGUUGAUUUAAUAUUGGCUCUCAAUCUGCUUUCAUACCAUUUGGGGUUAAAAAGGUCCAAUUACUUGUCCAAACUAAAAGUUAAAUGAGUUAACGGGUGGUUCAUGGUUGGUUUUGAUUUCAUAUCUUGCAGGUUCUUGUAUUUAACAUGUUAUAUUACUUUUACUGUUGGCUUUAUAUGGCAAGAGAGUUGUGCUGGAUUUUUAAUACCGCUUCAGAAAUUUGUAAAUAAAAUACUAAAAGGCAUCAUUAUACAGCGUUGAUAAAUGCUUAGUAAACAAAUGCAUUUUUAAUCUUACUUGUUUCUCAUUUUAAUAUUGGGUUUUACUGUUCUAUUUUUUACUCUACCUGUAGCUUUUUGUGUUUGAGCUGCUGUGAAUUUAGGACCGAAAAUUAGGAUAGAAAUCUUUUGAAUAAAACCUAGAGACUUGGUGAAAAAUUCAGUACUGUAUUAGGUUUUCAAAUAGUCUAUAAUUGGCUGGCUGACUUGUUUUUCAGGAAGCAUUGCUAUACAAAACCAUGGCUAGCAUUAUUAUUCGUAUUUAGUAUAAUAAGUGAAAUGAAAACUUUAUUCUGGGCAGAUGGCGUUUGAUCAGAAACACGGCGAUGCUGCAAUUUCUACGCUUCAAGUUCAAGUGGAUGAUGUGAAAAAUGUCAUGAGCCAGAAUAUUGAAAAAGUUUUGGACAGAGAAGAACGGCUGAGCGAGCUGGCUGAUCGAAGCGAUGAUCUCCAAACAGCGGUGAUUCUACACUCAUUUACUUUGUGCAGAAUAUUUAUCAGUAGAAUGGCUUUAAGCUGACUCUUUGAGGAUUGGCAUCAGGAUCUGAGGGUUGUAUCGUAUUAACUCCAUCACGCAGCCUUUCUCAACCUUGGGUCCCCAAUGUUUUUGGCCUACAACUCCCAUCAUCCCUGACCACUGGUCCUGUGAGCUAGGGAUCAUGGGAGUUGUAGGCCAAAAACAUCCGGGGACCCACGGCUGAGAACCACUGAAAGGAUGUACGAUUCUGCAAUGUAGCUUCCUUCCCAUCUCUCCCUGCACACUCUUAUGGGGGGGGGGAACACCCCUAAGAUUUAGGGGCACAGGGAGGGGUAUGUUCCAUUGCACAAGUGUAAAUCCUUGGACUGAUGGAACAAGUUCGUCGGAUCCACAGGGAAGCCACAUGGUCGGUCCAUUUGCCAGCAAUGCAGCAAGUUGCUUACUUUGGGGGCUCACGACAAAUUACUCCUCCAAGAAAAAGUCGUUGGUGAUCAGGGCCUUUGAAGAAACUGUUUUAAGUGUUUUAACUAUCAAUUCAUGCUAAUCAAGCAGCUUCAACGACACUGAAUUCCAAGAGGAGAAAUAUUCUAGGCUCAUUUUGCACUUCUCUCCCCCACCAGCUCUCAAAAUACUCAGGCAGCCUGAUGGAAAAAAGCUAACAGCAUUAUCCUAAUCGUGCUUACUCAUAAAUCCUAUUUAAUUCAACAGGGCUUAUUCACUUAAGUAGGGUUCAGAUUACAGCUUAAGUGUGUUAACACACAAUUCUUUGAAUUGCAUCCAUAUGAAAAACAAUGCAAGCUAAGACUUCGAUUACCAACUGUUGGGGUAAUUUGUAAGUUACACAAAGCUACUUCCACAUUUCUAAAGCAGCCGCUUUCAUCCAUUUGGUGUGUUGCCCUGCUUAUUGACUUGUGCCUUUUUCCAUUUGCUUUCAGGCUCACGGUUUCCAAAAGACGUCUACAAAGAUUUCAAGGAAGAUGUGGUGGAAAAACACUAAAAUGAUCAUAAUUAUUGUUAGCGUUGUCCUCGUCAUAGUAGUGUUCAUCAUCCUUUUAGCCACAGGCACCAUUCCAACAUAAGGAUCCUUUUAAGCAGUUUCAAACGAUGCACUGGCAUUCUAUAAAGAGUUCUAGAUUGAAAGGCACAAGUAUUUUUGUUUAAGUCUUCUUUCUAUCUACAAAUAAGUACAGUUAACAGCCACAAAUUGCUUUUACACUAGUGCUUGCCGUUGGCUGGCAAGCAACCAGGGAUGGGAAACCUGUAGCCCUCCAGGUUCCUGGAUUACAAACCACAUUAUCCACAACCCUUUGCCAGGCUGGCUGGGGCUGCCAGGAAUUGGGAGUCCAACAAGGUCUGGAGGAUCACGGAUUUCCCAGCCCUGCAAUAAAGGAAUGAGCUAACUCCCCAUUUUAAACAUUUUGCAUCAUAAAAAGUGACAAGGCAAUAGAUAUGCCUAUUAAGACAAAACCCUGAACAAAAUUCUCAAUGGUGCAGGGGUAGAAAUGCUUUCAAUUUCUAAGCCAACUUGUUGCAUCUACUUCCUAUUCUGCACCCUUAUAUGCUUAAGGCCCACGUUCUACAAAUACUGAUGUUUAAGGGUUAAAUAAUAAUAAUCUGAUACCAAGUAGGAAAAGUUCUUUAUUAAAGGGGGAAAGUCGUGCUAUAGGCAAGAGCAGGCUUGAGAACUCCAGACCACAAUGUCCUGCCCAAUGGUUUUUUGCUUAUUCUCACACUACAUGAUUCCUCACUGCAGUUUAGUUUCAUGUUUAUUAAGCAACAGCCUGAUAGAGAAAGAAAUUGAGCCCUAGUGCAGGUGUGUCUACUUAUUCCUAUAACUGGAGCCUCUGUGGCGGAAAAACUAUUAGUGGCUGAACUUCAGUCAACAGCUAUAUGUCCAGACACGUAUGACUGCAAUGUACAGAGCCCCAGCAUUUUAUAUGUAAGAAUUUUGGGGAAAAGCAGCGAGAAAGAUGCUGGGGUUUGCUGCCAGCCACUGGCGACAGCAGGUAGACAGACCCUAAAAAAGCACCUCCUCAGAGCCAUGAGAACAUGUUGAGACGAACGGACUGUGCAAUACAAGCCAUGGCAGAAGCAAUUCAUUCUGCAGUCUCUUAUUCCAGAGUAGACUGUCAGGAGCCUUCAGAGUACUUACCCAAUUGCCAGUUAUAACAAUCAGUACAAAAUAAAUGAAAUGCUUAAAAGUGCCGUCUUUCUUGAUUCAACUGCUUAUAGAAAUGUUUUGUUUCCAAUAGAUAUUGAUGUGACAGUGAUAAAACAAAAUAUAGAUAUCUGUGUACCAUCUGGCCAAUGUUUUUUGAGUGAUAUUAGAAGUCAUACUUUGUUGGGCAGGUGCCGUUGUAAAGGCUGGAAAAUAUAAAUGUAACAUGGACCCCACUGUACUGUCUGAAGUUUUGGUUGUUUUUUAAAAAUGUAUUUCUAGAGUUCAGGAACAGAGAAGAAAACUUGUGCUGGCUCCUAACCCACAGCCUGUAGGUAGUGUCAAUUCAGAACUGCUAGAUCUACAACACUGGAAUUAUCCUGCCUUUUGGAUGACUGACUCAAGCACGAGACAAAUACGAACUGCCAAGAGUGGUGCAAGGAGAUUGUCACUGCCAAACUCCUCGAGCAUAAAGUCUCUUAACAAAUGAUCAACACAGCCACUUAGUGUUUUGGGGUCCACAUGUGUGGUGCUAGCAACAUUUUUGUAAUCUGAAAACCACUGUAAGCCAUUUAAUACAGUGAUCAGAUUUCUAGCUUCCAAGGCAGUGGAGCAGAAUUUGUGCAAGCCUUAGCGAUGCUUCGCAAAGGUGAGAAAGCAAGAAGGAUGUUGGAUCCUGUCUAUCCAUUAAAUCCCUCUUAUCUACUACUAAUACAAUCCAAAUAAUAAAGAAAUCUGGAAUUGUUUGCUAUGGAAA